CCUAUUCUUGUUGCAGGUGCUGUCGAUUACGAAAUUAAAGAAGCUAAAUCACCUGGCCAAAUCGAAACUUCUGUCAUGGAAGAAAUUGUUCAACGUCGUCGUGAAGCCGUCGAAGCAGACAAUGCAGAAUCAAACGACCACGAACAAUUAG